AGAAUUAGUACGGAUUAGCCUUCCGCAGAACUACAACUAAUUGGGUGCAGCGGGUCUCUGCCGCCUUUUUCCCGGACUAACUGCCCAGAGCCGCGUUCCUCCGCAGAGUCCGACUGCGCAGCCGCAGCGAGAGCGCGAGCGCCGCAGAGACAGCACAGCGCGGACAACAUGCCCGUGGAUAAUUUCAUAUUCGCGCAAUGCAUCCUUUACUUUUUAGCCUUCGUCUUCGGCUUCAUAGCUAUAGUACCCCUGUCGGAGAACACGGAGGAUUUUCGCGGGAAAUGCCUGCUUUUCACGCGGGGGAUGUGGCAGAACGAGAACAUCACGGUGUCCAAGCAGCGCUUCAUCGUUGAGGAAUGGGGUCCACAGUCCUCCUGCAGCUUCAUCACCGCCGUGGGCAUCGCGUCGCUCCUCCUGUCCGCCGUGCAAGCCUGGAGGCUGCUGUUCUUCAUCUGCAAAGGCCACGACGACUCAAUCUUCAAUGCCUUCCUGAACCUGCUCAUCAGCACGUUCGUGGUGUUCGCCGUGUUCCUGUCCAGCACGAUAGUCAGUGUGGGAUUCAACCUGUGGUGCGACGCUAUCACAGAAGGAGGCAGUAUGCCCAGCAGCUGUGAAGAUCUUCAGGACACUGAUCUUGAACUAGGGUUGGACAACUCCGCUUUUUAUGACCAGUUUGCCAUAGCACAGUUUGGGUUGUGGGCGGCCUGGCUGACUUGGCUCGGUAUCACCGUCAUGGCCUUCCUGAAGGUCUAUCAUAACUACCGUCAAGAGGACCUGGUCGACAGCUUGAUCCACGAGAAGGAGUUCCUGCUCGGACGCUCGUCACGCCGGCGCUCUGAUGUGGUAGAUGAGAAAAGUGGCAUGAUAUGAUCGACUCAACGCGUUCAACGCACCGAGAUGUACUGUCAAGUAAAAUGCGUUCACAAGCUCCUAAAUUUGGCGUUUCUCAACUCUGGAUUGACUUCAGUUGAGCUUCACCGAACCAAACGCUUCUGAACAACAUUUUAUUUGACAUUCAACGACGACGACUGAGAAUAGACAUUCACGUGCGCUCGAUUGUUCGGACGGAGAUCAGUUGCUCGCAAUAUUUUUGAAAGACCCUGGACAAAAUAAACAGCGAACAUCAAUUACUUAAAGGGAUAGGUCAGGAAAACGAAAUUCUUCUACUAGUUCAUGUUGUUCCGAACCCCGUAAACCUUUCGUUGAAAACACAAAAAUUAAGCUAUUCUCGAUGAAACCAGAAUCAUUUCAAAAAAUCGGUUAAUUGUAGCGAUUGAGAGUUUAUUUCGCAAUUGACUUUUAGCAAAUUCGAAAAUUUUUCUUAGAAGUGCGUCGCGUAACUUUUUAUUCUGAGUUCAUAGGCGAUGUCUUGACGUUCUUAGUUUGUAUCUUGCAAUUCAAACCUUUUUCCAAAAAGGCAAGAUACUAACUAUUUUUUUGACCAGAAGUUUUCAGAUGAUGCGAUUAGCGAAAUCGCAAUUGCUAAAAAAAAGUCACCCUUUCCCCCCCCCCGAGCUGUCCGUUCUGUCCCUUCAACGAAAUUAAAUUCCACAACAGUUUAAAAAAAGUCCGUAAGACUGUAAAUGACCCGUACGAACUGAGCCAUUUAAUCCACGACUUCUGAAGAGACAUGCUAACAAAUGUGAAUUGAAUUAAAGCCUAAACUAAAUCCGCUCGUGUAGAUACCGAUCAAUGCGCAUACACGAAUAUCUUAAUAUGACGUGCUUGAGAACCUCAUUGGUUCCUGCGCUUCCAGGCAAGCAUUUUUUCCCGGCGAAGAACUUUUUUCCUCGGAGGGAUGAAAAAAUUUCGAAGCUUUAUUUAAAAAAUACCUUCAUUUGUGUUUCGCGAUGGCGAAUCUGGAACGGUACGAGGAUGAGUGAUUUAUGAAAGGAUUUUCGAUUUGGGGCAAACUAUGCCUUUAAGGAAGUGUACUUAAAUAAUGUUCUAGUGUGACACACAAUCAGCGUCUUCUUGCCAGUUAGGUUUUUACUCAACCAAAAGAUUUAAAGCGGCGUUACAAAUGAGCAACGGCUUCCGGUCAGUCUCUAUUCCAUCAUACAUCGGCUGAAGAGUUGGACUUAGCACAUGCAUCGUAGCUCAGGUUAUACUAGUUUUAAACGUUAUUUGAAGUGUCUGUAAUCCACUUACUGAAAGAUAACUCCCUUCUAGUACUGCCUCUAUGUGUACGAGAUAUAUAACGAUGUUUAUGACUGUAGUAGUGUCCUUCCUUACCCUUGAAAACACGCUUGCAUGUACAUACAUGUUACAGUACGUGAAGAGGAAACCUAUACCAAUACUGAAGUGACUGACUUUCGGUGUUUAACGUCAUAACUUGCCGAGAUGAAACAUUUAUUAAUUCGCUCCAUCCGGUUCACUCGCUUUCCUACGUUUAUCACGACUCACUGUGUUUCGAAAUAUCGCCGCGCAUGUUGCGAUAAAAUUGGACGUACGCCUUUUUCCGGUUUAAGCAUCUUACGAUAACCAGUCCUGUUACGAUAACCACACGAGAUUCUGUUUUAGUUCUGCUAGUUAAUGACGCGCGAGCAUGAGUCGCGAUUCGGGUACAAGACAUUAUGCGUAAGAUUGAAUUUGUGCAUCUUUUUCAUUUAUUGUGUAACACGUGAACACAUCUCUGCAACUUUCACCGUUACAGGGCUUUUAUUUAAUAAAAGCAAGCCACAGCAGUAUAAACAGCAACGACGAUGAAAACACAAAGCAAUUGUCGAAAGAAAUAAAAUGUAGUCUUUAAAGUGCA